ACCAAGUAACAUUUAUCCUUUUCAAAUCUAAAACCCUAAUCUUUGUUCCCCAAAUGAAUCAAAGACUAACUAACAAAAGCAAAAAACUUGGAUACUAAAACCCUUUUUUCUGGUAGCCAUGAACAGGGUUUUGUUGAGAGGCAUUUCACUCACUACUCGCAAUGUUCUUCAAUCUUAUACCAAAGCCAGCCAAAACCCAGUUCACUCAUUCAACCCUCUCGUCGCUUCAACUCGGUCUCGAUUCAGGUUCUUCUCGUCCGAAUCGGAUCCUCCUCCUGAAAAGAAGCCUGACUCUGUUCCUGAGUCUGCUUCAGUAGCUCAAGCUUCGGGCGAGGAUGUAGCUUUGGCUGUGGAGGAUGUCAGUAAUAAAGAACUGAAAACCCGAAUUGAGAAGUACUUCCAAGGGGAUGAAGAGGCACUCCCUUCAAUUCUCGAGGCCAUUUUGCAUAGAAAGUUGGCUGGGAAGCACGGAGAGACAGAUGAUGAGUUGAUGGAUGAAAUGGCGCCACAGCCACGAGAUGAUGUGACUGAUCAAGAGUUUGAGUCGGAUUUUGAAAAAUUGUACUCAACCGAUGAAGAGAUCGAUAAUUUGUACAGUGCAAGGGAUAUAGUCCAAAAAAGAAUGGUCAAGGAUGAGUACUUUAACAUGGAUGAUCAGAAGUGGGAUGAAAUGAUUAAGGAAGCCGUUGAGCAUGGAUAUCUUAAAGACACAAAGGAGUGUGAGGAGAUUCUCGAGGACAUGCUUAGCUGGGACAAGCUCCUCCCAGAUGAAAUGAAGAAAAAGGUAGAAGAGAAGUUUAAUGAGCUAGGUUAUAUGUGUGAACGAGGCGAGCUCGAAGUCGAAGAAGCCUAUGAGAAAUUCAAGGAGUUCGAGGAUCAGAUGGUCAUGGAAUAUGGAAAGAUGAUGGAAGCUGAGGGCCCACCAAAAUUUGAUGAGAUGGCUGUACCAGACGAGAAAAAGAACUCCGAUGACCCGCCUGGUGAAGGACCAAUCCUUAGGUGGCAAACACGGGCAGUGUUUGCUCCUGGUGGUGAUGCAUGGCAUCCCAAAAACAGAAAGGUAAAGAUGUCUGUUACAGUGAAGGAGCUCGGGCUUUCAAAGCAUCAAUUCCGCAGGUUACGGGAGCUUGUGGGAAAGAGAUACCAUCCAGGCAAAGAUGAACUUACAAUUACUAGUGAGAGGUUUGAACACCGAGAAGAGAACCGGAAAGAUUGCCUCAGAACGCUCUUUUCUCUCAUCGAGGAAGCCGGAAGGGGUAACAAAAUGGCAGAGGAAGCUCGUACUUCAUACGUCAAGAACCGACUUCGAGCCAAUCCGGCAUUCAUGGAGAGAUUGCACGCGAAGACGAUGAAAUUGCAAGAAUCUACGGCUCCCCAUGCAUGAGAGCUUGAUCUGCAAACUAUUUCAGACAAUUCAUAUGCCAUAACUCUUUUCACGGGAAGCUUCUUAGGAUGUUUGUAGUUGAAGCAAUGGUCAUGCUUAUGGAGGAACGCAUUUCAAUUUACCAUAGAAAAAGGGUGAA